AUUUAAAGGCUGGAUAAUUCAAGUAGCAAAACACUUCGUGUUAAAACAAACUCAUCCUCGUGUCAAUCAUAGGCAGAUAUGUUUGUCAAAAAUUUCAGCACCGUGUUUAGCCUCACACUUUUUGUUUUACACUUUUCCGUAAUUUGUGCUACGGGGAGUCAAAAAGCUUCACCAAAAAUUCAAAAACCCGCCCCGAAACCGUCCAUUAAUGCGAGACCGAUUGAAUUCACGUUUAAUGGAGCACCACGUUUAACCGGAAGUUUGGGAGUCUCGUUACCGAACGCUAUCGGUCCCGGGGUCGAGAUCGAUUGUUCCCCAACCGAUCCGACCGUCCAGUGUUACUCCUACGACGACUAUGCCAACCUCACCGUCACGGACACGCGGGACGACUGUACCUCGAUAGUGUGGACGUCGACGUAUUCACGACGUCUGGAAGACUGCUACAACGUCGGGGUGGACGAUCACAUGUACGGAUCGCACGGAUUGCACUGGAUGUACUGGCCGAUUAAUCCGGACGCGAAGGAUGAAUCACCCUUCACGACGGGGGGACAGUUUGGGGGGUUGAUUGAUAGUUAUUGGCUGUUUUCGAAGGGAGCUUCAAUCCAUGUGGAUGAGGAUAAUGCGCUGUUCGUCAGCUGGAACACGGUACGACCUGGACAACUGUGUUUCGUAUCGAGUGACACGUUUCCCUACGACACGAGAUCCUCACUCUCCUUGAAGUACACCGUUUGUGUUGGAGAAAACGUGAAGACGACGCAUCAGACACAUUUCCACAAAUUUUACCAAAAACCCACAGCCACCCCGGACGAGAGGAUGCUGCUCUACCCGUACUGGUCGACCUGGGCCCAGUACAAAACUGCGGUAAAUCAGUCCAUCGUGCUGGACUAUGCGGACAAAAUAAUUAGUUACGGGUUCUCAUCAAGUAGUCAUAUUCAGAUUGAUGAUAAGUGGGAGACCUGCUAUGGAGAGGGGACCUUCGACCCGGUCAAGUUUCCGGAUCCGGCUGCCAUGGUGGCUCAAGUGAAAAGUAUGAAUCUUCGGAUAACACUUUGGUUUCACCCUUUCAUGAAUUUCGAAUGCGAGAUCUUCAAGACGGCGAUGUACGCUGGAUACCUGCUGGAGGAUGGAUACGGUCAGCCAGGGAUAUCAGCAUGGUGGGCGGGUGCUCACAUGGGAACGCUGGACAUCACAAAUCCCGCCGCGCUGCAGUGGUGGAAUGACCGUCUAGACAAUAUCGUGUCGACGUAUGGUUUCGACGGAUUCAAAUUUGACGCCGGAGAGCGCGGCUACCUCCAGUACUCGAUGCGAUUGGAGGGCGACCCGAACCUGGCGCCGAAUCUGUACACGACCAAAUAUUUACAAAUGGUGGCAACGCAUGGUGGAUUAGGCGAAGCGAGAGUGGGACAUUUUAAUCAGGAGUUGCCCAUCUUCUUCCGGAUGAAUGAUAAAGGCAGCCGGUGGGGUCACCAGGCCGGUUUAAAGUCCAUGAUUCCUACCGCCCUGCAAUUCGGGAUUAUCGGCUACCCCUUCGUCCUCCCCGAUAUGAUUGGCGGAAAUGCGUAUGGAGACUGGCCUUCGAAGGAGCUGUACAUUCGUUGGUUACAAGUGAACGUGUUCAUGCCCGCGGUGCAGUUCAGCAUUGUUCCUUGGGAUGCAAAUUUCGAUGCCGAGACGAUCGAAAUCUGUAAAAGGGUUUUGGCCAUUCGAGACCAAUACAAGGAUCACAUCUUGGCUGCUGCAGCGCAAGCGGUGGUUGAUGGGUCCCCGAUAAAUCGUCCAAUUUGGUGGGUUGACCCGACAGACGAGGUGACGCUGACAAUUGAUCAAGCGUAUAUGUUGGGCGACACCAUUAUGGUAGCGCCAGUAGUGGAGGAGGGCGCGACCAGCAGAGACAUUUAUCUUCCCAUGGGCACUUGGCGGUCCGGAGUUACCAAUCUUACCCACGUGGGGGGAGGUUGGCUACGAGGCUACCCUGCACCACUGGGCAUUGUUCCCUACUUUAUUAAGGAAUAAGGGAACGAAGAUAACAAGUUAUUAAUUACAUAUGUGCACCUUAAGCAUAUAAACAUAAAGACACCAAAGAAUAAAUAAAAUAAUUUAAAAAAACGAG